UUGGAUUGUAUAAUAUUUUUAUUUUAUUUUUAUUAUUAUUAUUUUUCAAGCUCUGUGUAGUUAGUUGUUGAUUAUUGCUAGACCACUUGUAUUUUUAGGUUAUUGUCCUACUGAAAGGUGAAUUCGUCUCCCAGUGUCUGUUGACAAGCAGAAUGAACAGGUGCCUUGUUACAAACAGGAUGUAUGUUUUUGAGUAUUUUUAUUCUGUACAAGCUUCCUCCUUUUCACUCUGUUAUUUAGGUUAGUAUUGUGGAGUAACUACAAUGUUGAUGAUCCAUUCUCAGUUCUCUCAUAUCACAAGCAUUAAACUCAGUAACUGUUUUAUAAAAUCACCAUCAGCCUCUUGGUGAAAUCCAGAAGCAUUGUCCUUCUUAUCCGGUAACUUAGUUUGGAAGGACGCCUGUAUCUUCGUCGUGACUGGGUGUAUUUAUACCAACAAAGCCUAAUGAUUAACUACCAUGAUCAAAGAGAUAUUCCGCAUCUGCUUUAAACAUUUUUACACAUCUAUCAAUUGGUGCCCUUUUUUGCGAGGCUUUGGAAAACUUCCCUGGUCUUUGUGGUUGAAUCUGUGUUUAAAAUGUGCUACUCUGUUGAGGGACCUUACAAUUAUCUGUGUGUGUGUGUGGGGUACAGAGAUGGGGUGGUCAUUCAAAAAUCAUGUUUACCACUGCUAUUGAACACAGAAUGUACACAUUGAACACAGUCAAUGUAACUUAUGAACUUAUUUAGGCUUGCUAUAACAAAGGGGUUGAAUAAUUAUUGACUCAAAACAUUUAAACUUUAAAUGUUUUAUUAAUUUGUCUAAAUUUCUAAAAGCAAAAUUCCACUUUGACAUUAUUGGGUAUUGUGUGUAAGCUAGUUAUGCAAAAUCUCAAUUUAAUCAAUUUUAAAUUCAGGCUGUAACAGAACAAAAUGUGAAAAAAGUAAAGCGGUGUGAAUACUUUCUGAAGGCACUAUCUUUUUAGUACUAGCUGAUUUCUUUCAUCUCUGUCUUAUCAUUCUCAUUUAUCAGUAGCCUUUCCCCCAGGUGUUUUUCCCCCAGGUGUUUUAUUGAUCACAGCCUUGUUUUCCAUAAGCAGAGAUGUCAGUUAUGAUGGAUUGUGUCGGUGUCCGUAGUGCAUCUGUGCAGGACUCGGGAUGGGUUCAGAUGUGGAGAAGACAUCAGCUGUUUCUUUACCGUAUACACAUUUUUUUUGAUAGCAUAUAGAUCCUGAUAGCAUAUGGAUAGCAUAUAGAUCCUGAUAGCAUAUUGAUAGCAUAUAGAUCCUGAUAGCAUAUUGAUAGCAUAUAGAUCCUGAUAGCAUGUUGAUAGCAUAUAAAUCCUGUCAUUUUUCAGUUUGUAUCACAGAUAGGCCUAUGGUGUACGUUAUGGUGACUUAUAUAUUAGAUAGACUCGCUCGUUGUCUGUGUCUUUGCGGAUAAGAUAUCAAAACUUUUCCCAGUAUUUCUGAACCAUGUAGCUACAUAUACUGUCAGUGUGAAACAGGUGCUUUGACAGUUUGGAAUGACCUCUCCGUCUACUGUAGCACAACACUGAUCAGUGACUGCCCAUUCCAUUAGCUCUUUAAUUAGUUUGACAUCUCAGCUCAGCAAAACUCAACCAUUAGAAGUCCAGAUCAUUUCCACUUCAAGCAGCAGCAGUAGCAGCCUUGAAAUGGAGCAUAAUCUGUCAGGCAGACAAAAGUCAGCGUCUGAAAAUAAGUCUACCAACCAACCUCGAAAUAUAAUAAUCAUUAAAUACUGAUCCCACACCAUUAAACACAGCCGUAAGCAGCGGCUCUAGAGCCGCUAAAGAGGACCCAGCACGCAGCACUGUUUACACUACAAAUGCGGUUGAGUUACACCAUGUACAGUAAAAUGAGCUUGACUGCCAGUAACUCUAGUCACUUACCAACAAAAGCAUCAUUUCCUGAAAGCUCCUCCUCCUUAUGCUCCCCUCCCCUUUGCUCUCUCCCCAGCACCUUAGAGCAUUGAGGAACUAGACUACAAUCAAUAUGACUAAACCUCUAUGCAAAUACCUGUCAGCCCAGCCGUAGCAGGAAAUGUGUGUGUUUUAGGGCAGUGUUUUCUGCCCAGAGCUUACCUGUAGUCUGCGUUGUCCAAAUGUGUGUGUUGGUGUUCUGAGGAGCUGGUAGGGCCGUCUGCUAUUGGGAAACAUUACAGCUGUGAGGUGUUUCCACAGCUCCAGCACAUGGAACGAUCUGUCGUUGUAAGGGAAAGGUGAAUUAGGGGUGUGUGGUCUUUCCGCCCAAAGCUUUUGGACUCAUGGCUUCUAUUCUGCCGCUUUGGACUAAACUCUAUUCACAGUUGGGACGACCUCUUCCCAAGGACCUGUCCUGCAUCGAUGACCUCUCCAACUCUCUAUUCUCCUCUCCGGCCGACUCGCUGUCAGACUACGCCGAUGCCCAGGCCUUCAUCCCCACAGAUAACCUGGCCCACGUGCCCACGAUAUGGGACAUAAACACACCAGCACAGAGCCAGCUGGAGCUGAAUGCCAACAGGUUUCAGGGUUUGAACAGUUUGGAGGAUAUCUCUGCCAUUAUCAGCACCCCACCUUUGGGAGGAUACCAGGCUCAGAGAAACCAGACUCCGGCAGAAGAGGAUGCAGAGGAGGAGGAGGAAGAGACAGAGGAGCUGGGACAUGUAGACACCUACGCUGACUACAAACCAUCCAAAUCCACCAUAGGGAUCUCCCACCCAGACAUAGUGGUGGAGACCAACACGCUCUCCAGCGUCCCUCCACCUGACAUCACCUACACUCUGUCCAUUCCUGACUCCACCAUCAACUGUGGCCUGCUCUCUGCCCUGCAGCUAGAGGCCAUCAUCUACGCAUGCCAGCAACACGAGGUAAUUCUGCAGAACAACCAGAGAGCAGGCUUCCUGAUAGGAGACGGGGCUGGAGUAGGGAAAGGCCGCACGGUGGCCGGCAUCAUCCUGGAGAAUUACCUAAAGGGAAGGAAGAAAGCGCUAUGGUUCAGUGUAUCCAAUGACCUGAAAUACGACGCAGAGAGAGAUCUGAAAGACAUAGAUGCUCCCACCAUUCCUGUGCAUGCCUUAAACAAGAUAAAGUAUGGAGACACAGCUACCUCAGAAGGAGUACUGUUUGCGACAUACUCUGCACUGAUCGGAGAGAGCCAAGCAGGGGGGCAGCACCGCACCAGACUCAAGCAGAUCCUGGACUGGUGCAAGCCAGGCUUUGAUGGAGUUAUUGUGUUUGACGAAUGCCACAAGGCCAAGAAUGCUACGUCCACCAAGAUGGGCAAGGCCGUGCUAGACCUGCAGCACAACCUGCCGCUGGCCAGGGUGGUUUAUGCCAGUGCCACAGGUGCCUCUGAGCCAAAGAACAUGAUCUAUAUGAGCCGCCUGGGGAUCUGGGGCGAGGGCACGCCCUUCAAGACCUUUGACGACUUCCUGCACGCCAUCGAGAAGAGGGGUGUAGGCGCCAUGGAGAUUGUUGCCAUGGACAUGAAGGUGAGUGGGAUGUACAUCGCCCGGCAGCUGAGCUUCUCAGGGGUGUCCUUCCGCAUCGAGGAGAUCGGUCUGGACGACGACUUCAAACUGGUCUACAACAAAGCUGCCAAACUGUGGGCGGAGGCGCUGGCCGUGUUCAUGCGUGCAGCGGACGAGCUGUGUCUGGUCAGCAGGAAGUCCCUGUGGGGUCAGUUCUGGUCUUCCCACCAGCGCUUCUUCAAAUACCUCUGCAUCGCCGCCAAGGUUCGCUGCCUGGUGGAGCUGGCCAAGAAAGAACUGAAAGCUGGCAAGUGCAUCGUGAUUGGUCUACAGUCCACAGGAGAGGCCCGAACCAGAGAGGUCCUGGAUGAGAACGAUGGGCACCUGGACAGAUUCGUAUCUGCAGCAGAGGGUGUGUUCAAAGCUCUGGUACAGAAACACUUUCCCUCCGAGAAGCAGAGAGAGAAGGCGCGUGGAAACAAGAGAAAACGUAAGCCCAGGGGCCGGCAGCCCAAAUUCCCAAAGCAUACCAUGGUGCAUCUGGGGGGCGUGAUCAACAUCAGUGACGACAGCAGCACGGACACGGAUGGCAUGGACACCGACUCCAACUCCUCGCCAGACUCCCUGAUGGACAAUAACGAUGACGUCAUCUUCGUCCAGCACACCAGCUGUCACACAGCCAGUAUAGAGAAGAUGAAGCAGAGCCUCCUGAACAAGAUCACUGACCUGGGAAAGGAACUACCUCUGAACACUCUGGACGAGCUCAUUGACCAGUUUGGAGGACCAGAGAUGGUAUCGGAGAUGACGGGUCGUAAGGGUCGCGUGGUGCGGCGUCCUGACGGAAGCGUGCGUUAUGAGUCGCGUGCAGAGCAGAGCCAUACCAUAGACCACAUCAACCUCAAGGAGAAGGACCGCUUCAUGUGUGGAGAGAAGAUGGUGGCCAUCAUCUCGGAGGCGGCCAGCUCGGGCAUCUCCCUGCAGGCAGACAAGCGGGUGAAGAACCAGCGUCGGAGGGUCCACAUAACCCUAGAGCUGCCCUGGAGUGCAGACAGAGCCAUCCAGCAGUUUGGUCGUACACAUCGCUCUAACCAGGUGACGGCUCCAGAGUAUAUCUUCCUCAUCUCUGAGCUAGCCGGGGAAAGACGCUUCGCCUCCAUUGUGGCCAAGAGACUGGAGAGCCUGGGUGCAUUGACCCACGGUGACAGGAGAGCCACAGAGUCCAGAGACCUGAGCAAAUACAACUUUGAAAACAAGUACGGUACCAAGGCUCUGGAUAAGAUCACCAAAGCCAUCCUGGGCCACAUCGAGAGCAAGGUGUCCCCUCCCAAAGGUUACCCCGGGGGUGAUGCUCUGUUCUUCAGAGACAUGAAGCAUGGCAUGAUGGAUGUGGGUAUCUUCUGCAAGGAGCCAAGGUUUGGUCUCAGCACUGAGAAAGACUGCAGCAUCACCAAAUUCCUCAACAGGAUCCUGGGCCUGGAGGUCCACAAGCAGAACUCUCUGUUCCAGUACUUCACCGACAACUUUGACUACCUGAUCGAGAAGGACAAAAAGGAGGGCAAAUACGACAUGGGAAUCCUAGAUCUGGCCCCAGGUAACAAUGAAAUCUACGAGGAGAAGCAAGAGACCUUCAUGACAGUGGGAAACCCCCAGGACGGACAGGUCGUGCUCUACAAGAUCAGCGUGGACAGAGGUAUGCCCUGGGAGGAGGCCUAUGAGAAGGUCCAGAACCUCAACAGUCCUGACGAGGGCUUCUACCUAUCCCACAAGUUGCGAGGGAACCACCCGUGUGUGCUGCUGGCGGAGCAGGGUCGAGGGAGGAACUUCAUAGUGUACAAGCCCAACAUCGGCAAGCAGGCCCACCCAGAGAGCCUGGACAAUCUGCAGCUACGCUACCGCAAGGUGACUCCAGACCAAGCCAAGGACAGCUGGGAGAGCCAGUUCAACUUCUCCUUUGGGAAAUGUAGCCAUGCUAACUGGAACGGGAAGUGUAAGAAGAUCGAAGAGGGUCAGGAGUGUCUGCAGGGAAUGCGUCUGCGCCAGUACCACAUGCUGUGUGGUGCGCUACUGCGCGUCUGGAAGUAUGUUGCCGACGUGGUCUCUGACAUCACCUGCUCCAGCAUCCUUCAGAUCGUACGCCUCAAAACCAAAAAUAGUAACAAGCAAGUCGGUAUCAAGAUCCCAGAGAACUGUGUGGCCCGAGUGCGGCAGGAACUUCUCAAAAUGGACGAGGAGGUGAAGAGAAGGCGCAAAGAGAAGGAGCAGCAGCGCGCCCAGGAGCAGCGGCUAGCCGAGGAGCGGCAGCUUCAGAACCAACACCUGCUGGCCAAGCUUUACAACCAGAGACAGACCCUAAACCACAGCUUCAAGAACCAGAACUUGUCGCAGAGCCUCAGCCAGGGCCUCAAGACCCAGCACCUGAGCCUGGCCCAGGCCAAUCCUCUACAGGUCAAGCCUCUACUCCAGCCCAAACCUUCACAGCUCAAACCCCAGCUCGGUCCAGUCAACCAGCUCCCCAGCAUGGUCAGCCCCACCUCCCACUUCUCCAAUUUCCCCCACCACUUCCCCUCCUCCAAGCCCCCUCGGACCGGGGAGGAGGUCUUAGACCUGACGGUGAGCCCCUCUCCCUCCCCAGACAGCAAAGAGAGAGGCCUGGUCCUCGACUGCCUGACCAGAGACGGCUUUGGCCUGGACUCUCUGAUAUUGCUGAGCGAGCUCGCCGCCCAGAACACUGCACACAAACUGCAGCAACCUCUACAGCCACUGCCACCACUGGCAAAGCCACAGCAGCUACAGUCGCCACAGCAGAUACAGCUACAGUCGCCACAGCAGAUACAACCGCAACUACAGUCGCCACAACAGAUACAUCCACAGCUACAGUCACCACAGCAGAUACAAACACAGCUACAGUCACCACAGCAGAUACAACCACAGCUACAGUCGCCACAGCAGAUACAGCUACAGUCACCACAGCAGAUACAACCACAGCUACAGUUGCCACAGCAGAUACAACCACAGCUACAGUCGCCACAGCAGAUACAACCACAGCUACAGUCGCCACAGCAGAUACAACCACAGCUACAGUCGCCACAGCCGAUACAACCACAGCUACAGUCGCCACAGCAGAUACAACCACAGCUACAGUCGCCACAGCAGAUACAACCACAGCUACAGUCACCACAGCAGAUACAACCACAGCAACGGUUGGACAGUCCGACUCUAAGCAACUGCGACCACCAGGACUACUAUGACAUCCUCAAACUGCUGGAAGAUCCAGACCAUCUGCCUUACUCUCUGUCUAGCCAGACAACUACUAACCCCUCCACUUCCUCCAACACAGUGGCUCAAGUCUCGUCCGGCCUCCUCUCUUCCCCCUCUACCCCCUCCUCCUCUCUCUUCUCUUCUUCGGCCCUGGCCCCCUCAGAACAGCAGCCGCUCCCUCUGGCCAACGGCCACUGCAGCACGGACGCCCUCAUCAAUGUGCGCGAAGUGCUGGACAACAUGCUACGGACCAGCGCAGACCGGCAGUCGGUUAUCCAUUACCGGCUGCCUGAAUGGGACUCUGUGUAACCACAUCAUCAGUGUGGCUGCCUGAAUGGGACUCUGUGUAACCACAUCAUCAGUGUGGCUGUCUGAAUGGGACUCUGUGUAACCACAUCAUCAGUGUGGCUGUCUGAAUGGGACUCUGUGGAACCACAUCAUCAGUGUGGCUGUCUGAAUGGGACUCUGUGGAACCACCUUGUCAGUGUGGCUGUCUGUGUCCUCUAGCUCCUGAGUGUGAACGCACACCUCACCCCUCAGGGCCUCGUCACAUCACUGCCUGUCCUGUGCUCUUCUCCUCCUUAACCCUCCCAGGCACUGGAUCCACAGGCCAGGGUUACUUUCACUGGACCAAAUGUGUGGUCCUGUUCAGAGAUGGUAAACAUACGACCCAGGUGGAACUGGCCGGGUCCCUUUGCUGAGAGAGAGAGAGAGCAAAUGGUUUCUAUAUGGCGUUUCUACACCAAGGCUUGACUCAAUGAAGAAAAACAAUUCCAACAGGGUUUGAUUAUGUUUCUAUAACUCUCAAAAGCUCAUGUGCUUUAAAAAAAAAUCCAGCCUGGUUGCAAUUGUUUAUUUUAUUUUAUUGAGGAAACCUGAAUGUAGAAAUAUUUUUCUAGAACCACAGCUAGUCGCUACUGGUUUUCACUUGUAACAUCGCUGGAUUCAAACUGCCUCAUGCACAUCUGUAUGCUUUUCUGCGUUGUCCUGUAAUUUGCUUCAUCGCCAUUGCAUCGACUUGGUUUGUUAAAACCAAGGGCUCUACUCAAAAACAUAAAACUGGAAAAAUCGACAAUGUUUCAGUUUUGGCUCCUUCUUCUCCCUCGCUCUCUGCUGUUUCUACCAUCACUCUUUCUAGUGUCCUGUGUGAAAAUAGAAAACAGUCAGCCGUUGUAACAGUGCCUUUGGAAACCUACUUAAAUGCAGUCUUUGAAACCCAUAUAGGCCUAAUGUAUAGAUUUGUACUGGAAAUAGGUAUGUUAAACAUAGGUAUGUUAAUUUAUUAUAUUUGUAUUUAACUUAACCCUCCUCGGCCCUCUAUUGGGUCUAUGCUGGUUGCAGGUGCCAGGGGUCGUCCCCACGGGCCCUGUAUGUCUGUCUGUGUGUGGACCUUAUAGCUGUCCCUUCAGCAGGUCUGUUCUGUGUGGAACCCUGCUUUCCCAGGCCAUGUUAUAGACAGAGAGCAGGGAUUAGAUGGGAUGGACACUGCUGAUGUGAUGCAAUUGGGUGGAUAGUUUAAAAUGGUGUCAUAUCCUACUUUUAGUCUACUUACCAUUCAUCCAACGGUGACUCCUGGGUUGCUUUUGAUUUGAAGUUCUCAGGAAUGUCUCGGGUGCAUUUGUUAUUUUGUUUAACUUUCAGACCAACAUUGAUAUGAGUAUUUGUUUUAGCUUUUAUAUAUAUAUAUAUAUAUAUAUAUAUAUAUAUAUAUAUAUAUAUAUAUAUAUGCUAAAACAAAUAAUAAAUAUAUAUAAUACAUACAUAGAGUGCCUUUGGAAAGUAUACAGACCCCUUGACUUUUUCCACAUUUUGUUACGUUACAGCCUUAUUCUAAAAUGUAUUACAAUUUUCCCUCAUCAAUCUACACACACUACCCCAUAAUGACAAAGCAAAAACAGAUUUAUAGAAAUGUUUGCUAAUUUUUUUUUUUUUUAUUAAAAAAAACAUUUACGUAUGUAUUCAGACCCUUUCCUCAGUACUUUGUUGAAGCAUCUUUGGCAGCGAUUACAGCCUCAAUUCUUCUUGGGUGUGACGCUACAAGCUUGACGUACCUGUAUUUGGAGAGUUUCUCCCAUUCUUCUCUGCAGAUCCUCUCAAGCUCUGUCAGGUUGGAUGGGAAGUGUUGCUGCACAGCUGAUUUCAAGUCUCCAGAGAUGUUCAAUCGGGUUCAAGUCCAGGCUCUGGCUGGGCCACUCAAGGACAUUGAGACUUGUCCCAAAGCCACUCCCAAGGGUCAUUGUCCUGUUGGAAGGUGAACCUUCGCCCCCAGUCGGAGCGCUCUGGAGCAGGGUUUCAUCAAGGAUCUCUCUGUACCUUGCUUAGUUCAUCUUUCACUCGAUCCUGACUAGUCUCUCAGUCCCUCCCGCUGAAAAACAUCCCCACAGCAUGAUGCUGCAACCACUAUGCUUCACCUUAGGGAUGGUGCCAGGUUUCCUCCAGAAGUGACGCUUGGCAUUCAGGCCAAAGAGUUCAACCUUGGUUUCAUCAGACCAGAGAAUCUUGUUUCUCAUGGUAUGAGAGUCUUUAGGUGUUGCAGAGAUGGUUGUCCUUCUGAAAGGCUCUCCCAUCUCCACAGAGGAACUAGAGCUCUGUCAGAGUGACCAUCAGGUUCUUGGUCAUCUCUCUGACCAAGGCCCUUCUCCCCCGAUUGCUCAGGGUGGCCAGCAAUAGGAAGAGUCUUGUGUUCUUGGGGACCUUCAAUGCUGCAGACAUUUUUUGGUACCCUUCCCCUGUGCCUCGACACAAUCCUGUCUCAGGAGCUCUACGUAAAAUUCCUUCGAUCUCAUGGCUUGGUUUUUGCUCUGACAUAUACUGUCAACUGUGGGACCUCAUAUAGACAGGUUUUUUCCCUUUAACAAAUCAUGUCCAAUCAAUUUAAUUUAUCACAGGUGAACUCCAAUCAAGUUGUAGAAACAUGUCAAGGUAGAUCAAUGGAAACAGGAUGCACCUGAGCUCAAUUUCGAGUUUCAGCAAAGGGUCUGAGUAUUUAUGUAAAUAAGUUUAAAAAAAAAAUAAUAAUAAUAAUUGUCUAAACCUGUUUUCGCGUUGUCAUUAUGGGUAUUGUGUGUAGAUAUCUUGGGAUUUGUUGUCAUUUAAUCCGUUUUAGAAUAAGGUAACGUAACAAAAUGUGUAAAAAGUCAAUGGGUCUGAAUACUUAACGAAGGCACUAUACAUACAUACAUACACGUGUAUAUAUAUAUAUAUACAUACAUACAUACAUACAUGACCAAAAGUAUGUGGACACCUGCUCGUCAAACAUCUCAUUCCAAAAUCAUGGGAUUUUAUACACCGGUCAGCAACGGGUGUGGCCGAAUCCACUUUUGUGUGUGUGUAUAUAUAUCGCUGUCUAAAUCGUGUAUGUAUGUGUAUAUAUACACUACCGUUCAAAAGUUUGGGGUCCCUUAGAAAUGUUCUUGUCUUCCAUGAAAACAUACAUGAAAUUAGUUGCAAAAUGAAUAGGAAAUAUAGUCAAGACGUUGUCAAGAUUAUAAAUAAUGAGUUUUAAUUGAAAUAAUAAUUGUGUCCUUCAAACUUUGUUUUUGUCAAAGAAUCCUCCAUUUGCAGCAAUUACAGCCUUUUAGACCUUUGGCAUUCUAGUUGUCUAUUUAUUGAUGUGAUCUGAAGAGAUUUCACCCCAUGAUUCCUGAAGAACCUCCCACAAGUUGGAUUGGCUUGAUGGGCACUUCUUACAUACUGUACCAUACGGUCAAGCUGCUCCCACAACAGCUCAAUAGGGUUGAGAUCCAGUGACUGUGAUGGCCACUCCAUUAUAGACAGAAUACCAGCUGACUGCUUCUUCCCUAAAUAGUUCUUGCAGUUUGGAGCUGUGUUUUUGGGUAAUUUUCCUGUUGUAGGAGGAAAUUGGCUCCAAUUAAGUGCCGUCCAGGGUAUGGCAUGGUGUUGCAAAAUGGAGUGAUAGCCUUCCUUCUUCAGGAUCACUUUUACCCUGUACAAUUCUCCCACAUUACCACCCAAAGCACCCCCAGACCAUCACAUUGCCUUCACCAUGCUUGACAGAUGGCACUCCUCCAGCAUCUUAAUUUUCUCUGCGUCUCACGAAUGUUCUUCUUUGUGAUCCGAACACCUCAAACUUAGAUUUGUCUGUCCAACACUUCCAAUCUUCCUCUGUCCAGUGUCUGUUCUUUUGCCCAUCUUAAUCUUUUAUUUUUAUUGGCCAGUCUGAGAUAUGGCUUUUUCUUUGCAACUCUGCCAGAAGGCCAGCAUCCCGGAGUCGCCUCUUCACUGUUGACGAUGAGACAGAUUUUUUGCGGGUACUAUUUAAUGAAGCUGCCAGUUGAGGACUUGGGAGGCGACUGUUUCUCAAACACUAAUGUACUUGUCCUCUUGCUCAGUUGUGCACCAGGACCUCCCACUCCUCUACUCCUCUUUCUAUUCUGGUUAGAGCCAGUUUGCGCUGUUCUGCGAAGGGGGUAGUACACAGCGCUGUACGAGAUCUUCAGUUUCUUGGCAAUUUUUCACAUGGAAUAGCCUUUAUUUCUCAGAACAAGAAUAGACUGACGAUUUCAGGAGAAAGUUUUUUGUUUCUGGCCAUUUUGAGCUUGUAAUCAAACCCACAAAUGCGGAUGCUCCAUAUACUCUACUUGUCUAAAGAAAGAAAGUUUUAUUGCUUCUUUAAUCAGCACAGCAGUUUUCAGCUGUGCUAACAUAAUUGCAAAAGGGUUUUCUAAUGACCAAUUAACCUUUUAAAUUAUAAACUUGGAUUAGCUAACAACAUGCCAUUGGAACACAGGAGUGAUGGGUUGCUGAUAAUGGGCCUGUGCAGAUAUUCCAUAAAUAAUCUGCCGUUUCCAGCUACAAUAGUAAUUUACAACAUUAACAAUGUCUACACUGUAUUUCUGAUCAAUUUAAUAUUUUAAUGGACAAAAAAUGUGCUUUUCUUUCAAAAACAAGGACAUUUCUAAGUGACCCAAACUUUUGAACAGUAAUGUGUGUGUAUAUAUUAUGUUUCAGAACCUGUAAGAUCUGGCUGUGGUUGUGAAAUGAAUGCACGGUAAUUGGUUCAUGAAAAUCCUGGGUAAGUUCAACUAAUCAAAAGCAAUAAACAAGACAUUUUGAAUAGCAGAUGUUUUAGAAGUCUAAGUACUGUUUACGCCGAAGGUUAUAGAUUCACCUGUGCAUGGUAAGAAUUAGAUUCCUUUUUAUUUCUGUUCUACUUUUAGUCUGUAGUUAAAGACCGCUGAAAUACUUAUGAACUUUGUAUAAACAUUGUGAUGGGAUGAAAGCAAUGUGUUAUUGAUGUUUUUUGUCAUCAUUAUUAUGAUGAUUGUUGUUAUUUAUAUUUUAGGGAUAUUUAGUUUUUCGAUUGUUAUCCUGAUGAUCCUUUAGUUAAAGUUUGGUCAGGGACAUUUCUAGUUUUCAAGAUUACUAUAAAAACAAAAAAUAAGUAUAUUAUAACCUGCCACCAAAUAAUAUUGCACUGUUCUGUACUGCUGUACAGGGGUGAUCAUUUGUUUCUUUUCAGUUCUUUGAUCCGAUUCUGCUUGUGACUCGAGUAGAAUUGUUCCAACUUUUCCAUCUUCUGCCAGGGCUUUAGUUUGCAGAGAGAUACCAAAGUAUUCCACACCCCGGAAGUUACUGGUUAUAUCUGACCUAUUAUAUCAAUCUCAGGAAGAAACCUUAAAGAGAUGUAUUGGUGGGGAGUUAUGAGAAAUGUUAUUGUUUUCCCUUACAACAGUGGUGAACCUAACAAAAAUGCACAUUUAGUGCUAUUUUAUUUCUUCGUUUUGUGCUGCAACUCUUGCUGGGUUUUUUAAAAAAAUGAUUUUUUAAAUCUUUGAUUUUAAGUGUUUAUGCCAUCUUAGGGCAAAGAUCAAACUCUGUUUCUUUUAAGGAACUUAAUUGUUUAUGUCUGGACAUUUUUUUUUUGUCAUUUAAUACAUUUUAAUGCUGACAAAGAUUUUGAGCAGAUUUGCACCUGGAUAUACUGAUAUGUGCAAUUACUGGUGCAGAUCGUUCCCCUUUCCCGACUAUCUGACAGAUUCACGCUGUUCCCAGACAUCCAAUAGCUCAGGCCCAUUUCCUCCUAAGAGAUUCUACUUUAUACCCAUCUCAUAGCCCUCUCUUUUCUGCUUCAGAUUGUCCCAAACAUAUAUUUCCUCAUCAGGCACAUUCCAAUAAAUCCAAACAUUUUCACAAUCAAACUGUUUGUCCCAUGCUUCACCUAUGGCCAAUGGACUGUGUGGUAUUACACUGACAUAGAGGUAAUAUGCAUUAUAAACCUGUGGAAACAGACAAACACGAUUUGAGAAAAUGAAUUACAAUUUUUAAAGGAACUGUUUGACUUUGUCUUAGCUAGCUAGGUCUUUUUAUUUUGUCUAAAUUUGCACUAAGAAUGGCAUAAUCAAGUUACUGUUGUCUGUUUGUUAUGAUUGAGAGUUGCAAGCUUGUUAUGUUCCUGACCUUUUGAUGGAUAGCAUUUUUGUAUACUGUAACCAUCCUCCUCGUUUCUCCACCUUUUGCAUAUAAAAGUAUCACAUUCAAUAAUUUAUUGCCAACCAAAACUAAACAAAAAACAUGCUACUGAUUGUAUGUAUUUUUAAAAAAAUAUUAUAUUUCUUUCUGUAAAAACUGUUCAGCACUUUUAUUCUGGGUUGUGCUUUUGUUUUUCUAUAUAUUUAUAAUUUAGAUCGAAAUGUAUAUAUUGUAAAAAAAAAAAAAAAAAAAUGUGCCUUUCGACUAAUUCUUUAAAAGGUUUUCUACUCAUAAAAGGAAGGAAUAUAUCAAAAUGCAAUCUUAACUUUGUAAACAAACAACAAAUAAAAACUUGAAGAUUGUGAAAAA